AUGGGGGAAGGCCAGAAGGCCCCACCCAAAGCCUUGGAAGAUCUCUGGGAGACGGGAAAGAUAAAAGUGGACUACGUUAAUGAUAACAGACAACUUCCCAAGUUGUAUGUGGAUAAGUCCGUGAUCGACAACAUGUGUUCCCCAUGGAAGAAUGCUCUGGUGGUGGGCUUACUAGGCAAGAGGCUUGGUUAUCGUACCAUGAAAUCUAGACUGAGUAGCAUCUGGCAACUAGUAGGGGAAUUUGAUUUACUCGAUAUUGACAAUGGUUUUUACAUGGUGAAAUUUGACCGUGAUGAGGAUAGGAAGAAGGUGAUGGAUGGGGGUCCAUGGAUGAUCUUUGACCACUACUUGGUGGUUGCACUGUGGAGCAAAGAGUUCAUCAGCCCUGCUGCAAAGAUCACUAAAACGAUGGCUUGGAUCCGUGUACCAGGGUUGAAUGUUACUUUUUAUGAUGAAAGUUUCCUUAUGUCGUUGGCAAAGCUGAUUGGUACCCCGGUCCGAGUGGAUAUGACCACACUGAAUGCAGAGCGGGGAAGGUUUGCUCGGAUUUGCGUUGAGCUUGACCUCAUGCUGCCGGUGGUGGGAAAAUUCUGGUUUGAAGGUUUUAGGUAUAAAAUUGUGUAUGAAGGGCUGCAUAUUAUUUGUACCAAAUGUGGAUGCUAUGGGCAUCGGGGAAGGGAGUGUACGCAGCCGUCUCCGCCGCCGCUAAGGGAGGAGCCCAUACCGCCGCCAGGUAAGGAGACUGCUUUUACUGAACCGCCGCCAGUUGACCUGGGAGCAGAGCAAGCCUCUAUUCCCAUUCUGGAAGGUGCGGAAACUCAGGAGCCGUUAGAGAAAGAGUGCGCAACUGGCGCCGAAAUCAAGGAAAAAACGCCUCCAAAAACUGUGGAGACUGACCCCACCAUUCUGGAGGUAGCUGGCGAGUGGCUGACGGUUACUCGUAAACAUCAAAAGAAAAAGCCGCCAAUCAAGGGAGGAGAGCCGCACGUGUCCAAGAGUUUUGGAACUGCCAAGGAGAGUCAACGUGCAAAGGGGCACGUGAAGCAAACUUUUGGGAGUGCGCGAUCGAGACCUGUUGGGAAUGAUGCCAAAAAAUCUACUGGCCCUUUCGUGGGCAGCCUUAGUGGGCCCGCGACAGUCAAAGCUCCUGGUGGAAAGAAAAGGAGAACAAAGGAGGACCCCACGCGAGUAUGGGGAGUUAACGUUUUCAUGCAAAAGUCGCAUGAGGGCUUGGCUAAUGGAGUUUUUUCAGCUGGUACCGGUGCUCCUGAGGGUCAACCUGAAAUGCUCCUGCUUAAGACAGGGGGGGCUUCCCAGAUCAAGAAGCUAGGGUCCAAUUUAGAAGGGCCCUUUGAACCCUCUGGACAAAAGGUCAUCCAUAACUAA